AAAAUGAACGUAGGAGUUGCCCACAGUGAGGUAAAUCCAAACACACGGGUGAUGAACAGUCGUGGAAUGUGGCUGACAUAUGCACUCGGAGUUGGCAUGCUGCACAUUGUCUUGCUCAGCAUUCCUUUCUUUAGUGUCCCUGUCGCUUGGACUUUAACAAAUGUGAUUCACAACCUGGGAAUGUAUGUGUUUUUGCAUGCAGUAAAGGGAACUCCUUUUGAAACACCUGAUCAGGGGAAAGCUAGGCUACUAACACACUGGGAGCAACUGGAUUAUGGAGUACAAUUUACAGCUUCAAGAAAAUUCUUCACAAUCUCUCCUAUAAUUCUGUACUUCCUGGCGAGUUUCUACACAAAGUAUGAUUCGACACACUUUAUCCUCAACACAACCUCUCUCCUGACUGUUCUUAUCCCCAAGCUGCCACAGUUGCAUGGUGUUCGAAUCUUUGGCAUCAAUAAAUAUUAAGCAGAAGGUUUGACACUGACAGCCCCUGACAUGGCUACUGGUGCUCCCCAGGUGAAGGAAAUGAGGAGUCUGCUCUGCCGUGUAUCUAAUCGUAGUCAAUGAGAGAUGCUUCUACAUCUGAGAUACAAUUCCUUCUUCCUGCCGCAGCAUUGUCUGGGAUGAAAGUUGAGUUUAUAAGAAGACUCCUUCUAAUACUCAAAUGUGAAUCGGAAACCUCUAGAGGCAAGAUUUCCAUGAAGAACUGGGCAGGCCCAGCUCUAAAGCGUCGUCCCCACUAAGACUGCGUGUGUGCCUGGCUUAUGCAAGUGACUUGUAAGGCAGG